AUGGGACUUGAUAUUAAUUUAUUUAGAAAUCAACCAGAUGUUAUUAGAGAGUCACAAAAAAAGAGAGGAGCACCAGUAGAAAUUGUUGAUGAAAUUCUUUCACUUGAUAAUGAAUGGAAAAAAGAAGGAUUUACUCUUGACCAAACUAGAAAGGAGCUUGGAAAGAUUCAAAAAGAAUUAGGUAUGCUUCAUAAAAAUAAAGAAAAUCCACCAACAAAAGAAAUUCUUGCAGAAUAUGAUAUCAAAAAGAAAGCAUGUGAAACUAAAAUUACAGAAUUAGAGAAAUCAGUUGUUGAACUUAAAGUUAAAAUUAAUGAUAAAAUUAAAUCAGUUGGAAAUAUUGUUCCAGAUUCAGUUCCAGUUGAAAUGGAUGAAAAAUUUAAUAAAGUAGAAGUUACUUAUGGAGAAUGUACUCCAAAAGUAUAUCAUCAUCAUGAACUUAUUCAUAUGAUUGGUGGAGCUGAUACUGAAAGAGCUGUUAAAGUUGCAGGACAUAGAGGUUAUUAUCUUAAAGGAUGGGGAUUUAAAUUAAAUCAAGCCCUUAUUAAUUAUAGUACUAAUUUCUUAGAACAAAGAGGAUUUACUCCAAUUCAAACACCUUAUUUCAUGAGAAGAGAAUUAAUGGCUAAAACUGCACAAUUAUCAGAUUUCGAUGAAACAUUAUACCAUGUUGGAACUGGUAAAGAUGUUGAAUUAGAUGAUCAAAAGUAUUUAAUUGCUACUUCAGAACAACCAUUAACUGCACUCCAUGCUGGAGAAUGGAUUCUUCCAAAACAAUUACCAAUUAAAUAUAUGGGAUUCUCUACUAACUUUAGAAAAGAGGCUGGAGCUCAUGGAAAAGAUACUUGGGGUAUCUUUAGAGUUCAUCAAUUUGAAAAGAUUGAACAAUUUUGUAUGACACUUCCUGAUAAAUCUUGGGAAAUGCAUGAAGAGAUGAUUAAAAAUGCACGUGAUUUCUUUGAAUCACUCAAGAUUCCUUACAGAGUCGUUAAUAUCGUUUCAGGAGCUCUUAAUAAUGCCGCUGCUAAGAAAUAUGAUCUUGAAGGAUAUUUCCCAGGAUUUAAUGAAUAUAGAGAACUUGUCUCAUGCAGUAAUUGUACUGACUAUCAAAGCAGAGAACUUGAAGUAAGACUACAAACUGACAAGAAGGACAAAACCAAAAGCUAUGUCCACAUGCUUAAUUCUACUUUAUGUGCUACUGAAAGAGCUCUUUGUUGUAUCUUAGAAAAUUAUCAAUGCGAAGAUGGUAUUAUUGUUCCAGAAGUCCUUAGACCUUAUGUUGGCGGUGUUGAAAAGAUCCCAUUUAUUGCUCCAAAACCAGUUUGGGCUAAAGAAGAAAAGAAAUCAACUAAAAAGAACUAA